AUGUCGUAUCAUAAAUAUAGUGUCUACCAGCCUCCAGAUCUCAAGUCCCAAUUCCUCAUGGCAAUCCCUUCAUUGACCCAAAACUCUUCUUCCUACAUUGAAGGUGGUGAUGAACAAACAUUGUUUAACAAAGAAAAAGAAGAUGACAGUGAUCAAAUCCUCUCUGUGCUCCCUAGGGAAAGAGGGUGGUUAAGUGAGCACUUUCACUUGUACCAAGGUUUUUGGUGUCCCACCAUAGUUCUCAAGGGACUCCUAAUUCUCCAGAAACAUUUUCGGGCACAACCAAGUGACAUUCUCCUGGCCACAUAUCCAAAAUCGGGAACAACCUGGUUAAAGGCACUUCUUUUUACCAUAACAAAUCGUACAUGUAUCAGUCAUCCCGAUCAAAAUCCUUUGCUAACGGCAAACCCUCAUGAACUGGUUCCCACGCUGGAAUUAUAUGCCGCCGCGAAUCCUGUAAACCCAAAGCCACCCAAUUCUCUCAUGCACACUCACAUUCCUUACAACUCUUUACCAGAAUCAACAAAAUCUCCAGGCUGCCAUAUUGUUUAUGUUUAUCGAGACCCGAAGGAUGUGUUAGUGUCAUGGUGGCACUUUGUCAACAAGCUGAAACCCGAAGCAGAGCCACGAAUUUCAUUAGCAGAGGCAUUUGAAAAGUUCUCUAAAGGUGCUUUACCAUUUGGACCAUACUGGAAUCAUGUGUUGGGUUAUUGGAAAGCAAGUAUAGAAUGGCCUGAAAGAGUAUUCUUUCUUAGAUAUGAAGACUUGAAGAAAGAGCCUUGCUUCCAUACAAAGAGAUUAGCAAAAUUCUUGGGGCAGCCUUUCACCACAGACAAAGAAGGUGAAAGCCUGGUGAGUAAAGUGGUAGAGUUCUGUAGUUUUAAGAAUCUGAGCAAUUUGGAUGUGAAUAAAACAGGAUCACACUCGGUGGUCGGGUUUCGGGUCAUAGAAAACAAGACCUUUUUCAGGGAAGGUCAGGUUGGUGAUUCCCAAAACUAUCUUGAAAGAGAAAUGAUGGAUCAUUUGGAUCAAGUUACUGAAGAAAGUUUUAAGAAAUUUCAUUUGAAGGCGUUUUCCUCUGAGGAUGAUGAGAAGUCAGAGGUGUCUACUGCCAUGUGA